AUGAGGAGAUCAUUCACUGGGGUGGAGCAGAUCUCCAUCACUGAGGAGCAGCAGGCUGCGGUUCGUUUACAGCAGAUGGAGGAAGAUAAGCUGCUGGCCCGCCGGCUGCAGGCAGAGGACGACUCGGACAUCGCUGUGGUGGAGCAGAUCUCCAUCAGCGAGGAGGAGGAGGCUGCAGCUCGUUCGCAGCAGCUGAGGGAAGACGAGGCGCUGGCCCGACGGCUGCAGGUGGAGGACGACUCGGACAUGGCUGCAGUGGAGCAGCUCGCCAUCAGCGAGGAGGACGCCAUUUGUUUCCAGCAGGCGGAGGAUGACGAGGAGCUGCAGGUGGAGGCCGGCUCAGACAUCGCUGUGGAGGAGCAGAUCUCCAGCAGCGAGGAGGAGGAGGAGGAGGAAGAGGAAGAGGAUGCGGUUCCUUCACAGCAGGUGGAGGAAGACGAGGCUCUGGCCCGAAGGCUGCAGGCGGAGGACGACUCGGUGCUCGCCGCGGUGGUGGAGCAGCUCGCCGUCAGCGACGAAGAGGAGGGGGCCACUGGUUUACAGCAGGUGGAGGAUCACGAGGCGCUGCACCAACACCUGCAGGCUCGGCUGGACCGAGUGGAGCACAACAGACACCGUCACCACCUCCAUUAUCACCACCUCCACCAGCGUCUUCUUCAUCGCCUCCACAGGGGUCGUCCCACAGAGCGCCGCUGGAUGAUUCAGGUGGCUCCCGGAGAAGUUGUGAUUGGUCACGGCAGGAGUAGGGACGCCACAUCUGAUGACGCUGAAGGAAACGACUACGAGUCUCUGCUGGAGCUCGAGGAGCGUCAGGGCGCCGUGAGGACCAAUCAGCUGAGCGCGACGGACAUCCAGAGGUUUCCCACCAAGGUGUUCCAGGGAUGCGGCGGCAGCGGCGGGAACACGCAGUGUCAGAUCUGUGUCUGCGACUACAGCGACGGCGAGAAGCUGAGGAUUCUGCCCUGUUUCCAUGACUACCACGUUCACUGUAUCGACCAGUGGCUGAAGGAUAACCCCACCUGUCCCAUCUGCAGAGUCAACCUGGCCGACAAAGACGCCAUUGCCCCCCCGACCUCUGACCUCUGACCUUGCUUCUACUGUUUCCUAUGGGAACAAACAGGAAGGAAGG